AUGGAGAUGAGUGCAGGAACGAUGCAUCCAUACCUCAAGGGCUUCGAGAACGUGGAUAUAGCAAGAUCGUUCAUGUGGGUAGACAGCCCGGCUGCAGACGAAGAUGAACAGACCACAUCGAUGGAGGUACCGGAAACACAGAGCGGGCAGGAGUCCCUCGUCGGCACACCUGUAGACGAGUUCCUCGCCAAGAUCCAGCACAACGCCGUGUGGCUCAGCGGCUUCGUCUCCCAGCUUUCGACCUGGCUUGCCACCAACGUCACGGCUACUCAAAUCUCCGACGAACUGCCUGCACCCUUCGCGGAGGAAGAAGCACAUGGUGAGAUCUGGCAAGAGUGGGAAUGGAUCAUGAGCGAGACGGAGAAGUUCGCCUUGCGCAGGACAACCGAAGACUCCGACUUGAUCAAGAAGGAGCUCGAGGGUCUCCGCAAUACUGCCAACGUGCUCAAGGCUCGCCCCAUCUUCCUCCAGCACGCGAAAACCCUCCUGCAGACUGCCCUCGCCGCCGAAGACGUGCACAAGCUGGCCACUCGUAUCCUUGACUCUUCCAAACGGUCUAAGGUCAUCACCGAUGUAGUGGCUGCCUAUGCGCCUGAGUGGCUCGAGUUCAUCAAGGAGCAGCUCCUCAAGGACGAGGACAGCAGCAUCAUCGCCACCUACCACGACUCGUACAUCGAGACCCCCUACAGCAAGGGUGUCGUGGGCGGCAUGAAGGAAACAGGCUGGCAGGCCAGCCACGGCCCUGGCGACUCGGGUCUGACGCACAGCGUGCUGGGCGACAUCACCUGGGCCUUCUGGAAAACGGUGAACUCGUCUCUGCGCUGGUCGCUCGACAGAGAGCUCACCCCCGAGGAGAGCAACGCCCUCGUCGAGAGAAUGGCGGUCUGCCAAGCCAAGCUGGUGGACUUGUGGCUCACCACCGUCAACAACAGUGAAACCGGUACGGCCAACGAGGGCAAGCUUCCGGCGAUCUGGGCGCAGGAGGCGAAGGAGAAGCAGGCCAAGCUGAACGAGAUCAAGCGACUCGGAGCCAGCGCGCGCUACGAGUACACGCCGGUCACCACCGUCUCGACGCAGCUCAACAGACAGAAGCUAGGCGAGCUGAGGAAGUUCUUGGAGGGUCGUCUCCAGUUCCGCACCAACUGA